ACAUUUUGUAGCCUAGUCAUCCAACGUCCUUGGUCCAUUUGAAAUGAAAAGAUAAUUAGACACAUAUAUGCGUUAAUGUUUAACAGGGUUAUUAUAGGCUAUAAGCUUUUCAUUUCGUGUUUUUAUAUAAUGUUGAUUAAUAUUGAUGUUCUGUUAUUAUUAAACAACGUUCCUCCACUAUAAUAUCUGUUGCGGCAUCGCGGAUAGUAUUCCCCAGCUUGUUGUGAGGCGCAAGACACCAUCUAGAAAAUAGCUGCGGGUUCUUUAAGAGAUGGGAACGGACUACAAAGUGUUGGAAACGCGGGGUCCAAUAGUUGACCGAAUGGUAGGAUUUAUGCAGUAGGGGUAUCUCACCUGCUGAAAAUCACUUCUAGACACAGUGGAACAGGACAAUCUCGUGCUUUCCCAAUUAAUAUUCAUGUAGGCUACAGAACGGUUAACACUUAAUUUAGUUUCGUCUUUUGAUACGGUGAGGUUGAGACGUCUGUGCCCUCUGUUUUUGGAGCUCUUGCAGACUGUAGCUCACCGCCAGUGUCUUCGGGAGAACUUCGGAAGCCCAAAUACGGAUUUAGCUGUAAGUAAUCGGAAUAACAACUUCACAUAUCACCAUUUAUCCCCGUUUUGAAUAUGCCGAAAUACAUUUGAUGAUGCAACGGGGUGCGGGAUUUGCACUUCAAUAGCCUCCAGUAGCUGUGUACCGAUGGAUUAUCAAUAGCCUAGAUAAUUCAGCCUACCAAAGCAUGAUUUCGUCUGGACAAAUAAUGGAAAGGUUUUGGAUGGUGUUUGUCACGUAGACUACGUUUCAAGUAAGUUUUCAGGCUUCAAAAAAGGGACAUUUUCGCACACGUGGGCAUCAUUUCAGUGCCUGAUAUUGCACCUAGGGAGACAUCAUCUACAUCAGAUCCUAUACUUUUCCCGAAACACUGUGAGCGUCUGUGAUACAAUGAAUACAACAAUGGAACACACUGGGAUUGAAGAAGUGAACCAAACGCACCAACCGCACGAACCUAUCAGUUUUGGGAUCGACCAGAUUCUGAACAGCACGGACCAGUCCAGCAGCUGUAUGCUACCCAACCGAGCCAGCGACACGGAUUACCCAAACGUUUACACCAAUGGGUACAACAGCGUCUAUAACCCGGCUUGUUCCAUGGCUGCCGGGCUGGCCGGUUCUUAUAACGUGAAUAUGAAUAUGAACGUGAGCAUGAACAUGAACGUUAACGUUAACUCCGGUAAUGCCGGAGGUGUUAUUAGGGUGCCCGCUCACAGACCGAUGCCCCCUGCGCCACACCCGCCCCCUCCUACCCACACACCUGGCCUCGGCACUGGCCUACCCACAGUGACAACUAUGCCAGGUAUGGGGAACCCGGCGAACUUUACUUUUCCCUGGAUGGAGAGCAGCAGAAGAUUCGCAAAGGACAGAUUGACUGCGGAACAGAUAGAGGACAGCCAAGCAGGAGAAUCCGUGGGCAGGCCUGGGGCCCCCGCGUCCUUGCCCGGCCUUUGUCCCAUCCCCAAGGGAGACAUCGGCAGGGUCCCUGCCUGGAGCUCUAUGGAGACGUUAGCCAAACACUAUUACCCUGAGCUCGCUCACCUGCGAGACGCUGCAGGCCCACUCGCAGACUAUCCCUUUCGAAAGGGCACAUGUCCAGCAGCUCUAUCACCGUUCUCCGUGACUCGGCGCAUCGGCCACCCGUACCAGAACCGCACGCCCCCCAAGAGAAAGAAACCUCGCACCUCGUUUAGCCGCGUGCAGAUCUGCGAGCUGGAGAAACGUUUCCACCGCCAGAAGUACCUGGCGUCUGCCGAGAGAGCAACGCUGGCCAAAGCCCUGAAGAUGACGGACGCGCAGGUGAAAACCUGGUUCCAGAACAGGAGAACCAAGUGGAGGAGACAGACUGCGGAGGAGAGGGAGGCUGAGAGGCAGCAGGCCAACCGACUGAUGUUGCAGCUCCAACAGGAAGCCUUCCAGAAGACCCUGAGCCAGCCCCUGCAGCAGGACCCCCUGUGCCUGCACAACUCCUCUCUCUACGCCCUGCAGAACCUGCAGCCCUGGGCCGACGACCACAAGAUUUUCACUCUCCCUUCAGCUUUCGGUGUAGAGUGGGGACAACGGUUAACCUCCCCUCCAAAGGAUCUAAUGGAUACACGCUAACGAUGCCCCUUCAUGAAGACUGUCCUGUUACCCUGUGAAUCCCCAAAGGACAGACUCUGACCCUGCCAUAUGGCAACAUGGAUUUGAUCUCCUUUUUUUUCUCCCCUUGCUUUUGACUUUAUACAACGUAGUAAUGCAUGUUUCAGACAUUUGUGUGCACUUGGAAUUUGCCAUUGAAGUCACCAGCCGUCAAGGUGGAUUAUCUCCAUCCUGACUGCAGGCUGGUAUUAUGGGAUGUCUGCACAAAGAUUUCUCAUAUGCUACAUUUAAAGGUGUUUUAUAUUAAAUAAUAUUGUGACUUUUUGAAAAGAUGAUCAAUAUGGAGGCUUUGUCGUUCUGUUGUCGAGUCCUGUGGUUUGUUUUACCUACAUGUUGAGGUUGUUUCCCAACACUGGAGCCUGAAGGUUUCGUUUUUCAAGAGUUGUUUGUGAACCAUGGCCACCUAUAGACACCAGACGGCUGUUAACACAGAUUAUCAUUCAAUCUAAGUCAUAACAAAAAUGUCUUAUCUCAGUGCUCCUAUCAAAGUUAAAUCUUAAGGGAAGAGGCGCUGAAUAACUGCUGUUUUAUUGUUUGUUAAUGAGACUUCACACUUCCGAUGAAUUUCAUAAUCCACAGAAGGA